AUGGAAACUAAUAUGGAAGUAACACGUUCCAACGGCCACUUGGAUCCAGGUACUGCUGCUGGGGACAAUGACGUCACGCCCCCAUGUGGGUGGUUUUCAUUUCAUCCUCGUAUGUGCCAAAAAUUCCGGACCCCCAGAUGGCUGCUGUUUUGUUUAUGUUGGGUAUCCUUUAUUCAGGGUAUGAUUGUGGGUGGAUUUACGAGUGUCAUCAUUUCGAGUGUGGAGCGACGUUUCCAGCUAAGUAGUACGGAAUCGGGUCUGAUCUCAAGUUUUUACGACAUUGCUUCCGUCCUUUGUCUGAUGCCUGUCAGCUACUUCGGAGGAAUGGGUGUGAAAUCUCGAUAUCUCGGUGUGGGAAUGUUGACUAUUGGGAUAGGUACCAUCCUCUUCUGUCUACCUCAUUUUACUACAGACAAUUACAAAAUGGGCACAGAUGACUCGAGCAUGCUCUGUACGACUUCCGGUGGAACCUUGGUGGAAUGUGGCACUUCCGGAAGUCUGUCAUAUUACAAAUAUAUGUUUUAUGUAUCCAUGUUUAUCAUGGGAGCUGGAGGCUCACCACUGUUUACACUGGGACCUACAUUUCUCGAUGACAGUGUACCGGUUAAGUCAUCAUCAACAUACCUAGGUAUAUAUCAUGCCAUGAACAUCGUGGGCCCAGGGGUGGGAUUUUUAGUCGGAGGGGCGUUCCUCAAGGUGUACGUGGACUUCGACAAGAUUGACACCUCGGAAGUGAACGCCAAUCCUAACAGCUCACAGUAUGUUGGUGCGUGGUGGAUUGGUUACCUGAUAGGCGGGGUACUUGCUAUCAUUGUGUCCAUCCCACUGGCGGGUUUUCCUAAAUCUUUACCUGAUUCAGCGAAAUUUAAACAUGAAAAGGACAAAGAAGUGUAUGCCAAUGGAGAGACGGAAGAAAACACAGAAAGCAGUACCAAAGGGAAAAAGAUGGAUUUAAGGAAUCUCCGACAGUCUCUGAAAAUCCUCUUCCUGAACCCCAUGUAUGUGUGCAUGUUAUUCGUCACAAUCACCAGUGGUUUUCUGUUAGCUGGUUUCGCCACAUUUUUACCCAAAUUCUUUGAAAUCCAGUUUGGAUUAUCAUCGUCGGCAGCAGCUCUCUACGUCGGUGCUUCAGCUAUAUGUGCCGGAGCGGGAGGAACAUUUCUAGGGGGAUAUAUAGUGGAGAGAUUCAACCUACAAAUCCGAGGAAUCCUAAAACUCAGUUUAGUGCUACUCGGAAUGGCUUUGCUUUCUUCGCUCAUUUUUAUAGCCAAUUGCUCCAGAGUGCCUUUCGCUGGCAUUAAUGUAGCAUAUGGAGAUUUAACAAAAAGUACUAUCGUGUUCUCGGGGACGUUUAGGAACGACAGUUGUCACGGUACCUGUAACUGUGUUAGGGACAAUUUGAAUCCUGUCUGUGGCAAAGACGGAAUCACCUACUUCUCACCCUGCUUCGCCGGAUGUACAGUUGUGUCCCAAUAUACGGAACCCUGGGAGUUUUAUAACUGUAGCUGUGUGGGUAACGUUGCGGGGAGUGUUGACGCUACGUUAGGCACGUGCGAAAGCUCGUGUCAUUACCUUCCUGUUUACGUCGUUUUUAUCGUACUCAACAUGUUCUUCUCCUUCUGUAUGACGAUGCCUUCCCUCACUGCUUCCCUCAGAUGCAUACCGACGAGACAACGGACAUUCGGUCUCGGUAUACAGUGGGUAGUAGCCAAGUGUUUAGGAUUUAUUCCUGGACCAAUCCUUUUCGGGAAGCUGAUAGACAUGGCCUGCGUGUACUGGCAGGAUGAUUGUGGAGAUGAGGGCUCCUGUAUUCUCUACGAUAAUGAGAAACUCAGCUACCAUUUCCUUGCUAUCACCGUAGUGGGGAAAGCAUUGUCCCUUCUUUUCCUCCUUUUUGCAUUACUUGUAUACAAGUCAUCUUCUGAUAGUGAGAAUGAAAACGUUAAGGGCAAAUUUGCCGACGACGGAAGUGAGUUCAAUAGCACACCGGAUAUAGAUUCACGUAAUAUAAACGGUGUUCAAAUGAGACGAUUGACGGAGAGGGAAAUUUUCAAUUAUACGGAAAAUGUUGUUGAUGUUAAUGAAUGUACUGAAUCAACACACCCGGAAGUGUUAGGAAAUGUGGAUGUGAUAAAAGAUAGUUUGACGAUUAGUGUAGCUGAUGAUAAUUCCAAUAGUACAAAUUUUGAAAGUGAGAAUUUGGGCAACGGAAGUAAAUGUAGUGAAAACGAUGAACGUGAAAAAGAAAUUGUCGAUGAAACUCGGUCAUUUAACAAAAGCGAAAAUGGAGAUAUAGAUACAAAAGCGGACGGAAUUAUGCCAACACAAAAUGGUAUACUAAUGAAUAAUUUCUUUGAAAGAGACGAAAGUUCGAAAGAAGAUGUUGGAUACCAGUCACAGGAAAGUGACAAAUCUGACGAAGUUUCGUUAGAGACAAAUCGAGAAUCAGGGUCGAUACAAGGAAAAGAUGAAACCGACGAUGAUUCUGAUGAUGAUCGCGGAAGAAAAAUAAGAAGAGAAGCAACGAUGAAUAUAGAAGACAUGUGCGAUACUGAGGAUUUUUUUAAGAAAUAUAAAAAUGUUGACGUCACCAAUAAAACUGACCUUUGUGAUGUUGAAGUAGUAUGA